CUUUUUAAUUUAAGCCUGUUAGCAAGAAUGCAAAGAUCAGUCAACAUAUCAAUUACCGUAUCCGAUGCACAAUGCAGGAUGGCAGGCAACUAGUAGGCACGUUUAAAGCUUUCGAUCGUCAUAUGAACCUUGUUCUCUGUGAUUGUGAUGAGUUCCGGCAUGUGAAAGUCAAGGGGUCAAAACAAGAGAAGGAAAAACAAGAGAAGCGGGCGCUUGGAUUGGUCCUUUUACGCGGUGAACAUGUGGUUAGUGUGAAUGUCGACGGACCCCCACCACCAGAGGACACUGCACGAGUACCUCUCCCCGGUGCAGGUGCCUGGGCAGGUGCAGGUAUCAAACCAAUGGCCGGAGUUGCUGUCGGUCGUGGAAUGCCUCUUGCGACACCCGCAGCUGCGAUUCCACCUCCGGCCCCACCUGCAGGUCUUGCAGCUCCAGUUUGGGGAGUGGGAGCACCAGCACCCGGUUUAAUGCAGCCACGAGUCGCUGCUGGCAUGCCACCUCCCCCUCCUCCACCAACUGCUGCACAUCCGGGGGCAGCGGUGGCAUUUGGACGUGGGAUGCCCCCAGUCGCAGGCCGUGGAUUCCCACCAGCACCUGGAUAUCAGUGAUCUACAGCAUUUUCUACUCACAAAUCCAACUGUAAACACACUGUCAAAAUAUAUAUCUAUUUGCAGCUGUCCG